AUGGUUUUCUCUGCGCUACGUCCAAGGCCUUCCAAGAAAAAUGCCUCGCCUGCUCCUCCACCCGUUGAAAAACCGCCACCGGCUGAAAAGCCAGCACCGGUUCAAAAUCCGCCACAAGGAGGAGGAGGAGGAGGAGGUCCUCCUCCUCCGCCUCCGUACGGCCCAUUCUCGCCGUACAUGGCGGAAUUGCAGCGCAUGGAAGGCUUGAGAAGCGUGGAAUACUCCAACUCGAGAUCCUGGAGACUGAAUUUCGACGAUUCUCCGAAUCCGCAGCAAUACGGCAGCUCUGAAUACCAUCACUAUCCAGUCGGAGAUCUCAACCGCCGCCGCCAAUAUCGUCAGAAUCGGAUGCCUCCUCCUCCUCAGAGCUAUGGCCCACCGCCACCAAACUUGGAGUAUUACCAUGAUUCUCCACGUCACGCGCCUCGGCUGCAGAAUUCUCCCCGCUAUGGCCCAUCAUCAAGCAUGCAGUAUUUCCAGCCUCAUGAUCACUACCACGGCCCGAUGGAAAGCUACCAUGGCCCGCCCCGGCAGUUCAGCCGUCCUCAACUGGAUUACCACUAUGGCUAUCCGCCGCAGUACUCUCAUUACGGCGGGUAUUUCAGUGAUGAAAAUCCCAACGGUUGCAGCAUAAUGUGA